AUGUCCAUAGCAUGUUGGAUAGUUGUUUACACACCACAAAUAUGGGAGAAUUACCAGCUCAAAUCAGGUGAAGGGCUCUCGGUGACAUUUGUGGUGUUAUGGUUAUUGGGAGAUCUGACCAAUCUCGCUGGAGGUAUAAUGGCCAACGUAUUGACAACUAUGAUUUUGUUGGCUAUUUACUACGCUUUAUGCGAUUUCAUCCUUUUAUUCCAAGUAUAUUACUAUCGUCGGACUCCUCCCCCAACAAACGAUGAAACCACGCAUCUGCUCUCUGCAUCUAAUCCACCUACACAACCCAAACCACUCUUACCACCAGGAUUGGAAUACCCUUUAUUGUUAACUUUCGUCCUUGGUGCAGGUAUCUUCGCUUGGUUCUUAUCUGAUUCUCAUGAUGAGAUUGGCAUACCUGAAGGACCUGGUCGAGGUGGGGACGUUGAAUUGGAAUGGAAAUCUCAAACGUUGGGUUAUAUCAGUGCGACUUUAUAUUUGGGAAGUCGAAUUCCUCAGAUUAUUCAUAAUUUUAAGACCAGAUGCGCGGGUUUGAGUUUAGCGAUGUUUUUCUUCACUAUCACAGGGAAUAUCACCUACGCAGUCUCAAUACUAUCAGUCUCGACAGACCCUCAUUACAUCCUCGUCAACACUUCAUGGUUAGCAGGAGCUUUAUUGACUAUCGUAUUCGAUCUUUUCGUCAUGGGUCAAUUCGCCAUUUACAGCUGGCAAGAUAGACGUGAGAGAGAAACAAAGAUAUUUGCCGAAGUGGAAGAAGAGGAAGAA